AUGGGUGGACUUUAUGACGACGAUAUUUUUGGUUACGAUGACUUUGACUAUGGAUAUGAUGACGGAUAUGACGACUUAAUAGGAUAUGAUGAUGACCUUAUAGAUUUGGUUCUAGUACUAGAUUUAACAUUAAUCGAUUACUUCUUGGGGUAA